AUGACAACCGAUGACGGCGAUGCAGACGCUGCUUCAAAGCAUGUUCUGCAACAGCUGUCAGACACAGUGUAUGCAUGUUCCUCACUGUCGCCGCUCUCUAGCAGGCCUGGUAAUUUUGUUUACCGCGGUGUCCUGGUUCAUCCCCUCUCCGCCAAAGAUGAGGCCCCAGUUCGGACCAUUAUAAUCAAGCAUUGCACUGCUUCUACAAGCGAAGAUGGUUUGAACCACAUCGCUAGCCGUGUAGAUGGACCAAACUUCGAGGAGCUCUUACUCAACUCGAUCGCUCAUUUUUCACCUCCCACCGAUCCAUCUAUUCUGAUCAAGGUACCGCGUCUAAAUUUACUAGAUGAAGCGAGUAAUAUUCAGGUCCUGGAAGAUUUCAUUGAUACCACUGGACUGAAAUCCAUGUUGCUUUCUGCUGAAGCCAGUAAUCUUCUUCCUUCCAGCUUAGAGGCCAUUGGAUUUGCCUUGGGUGCCUGGAUUCGAGCGUUUCAUAUGUGGGCGGCGGCGCCUGAGCAGGCCGCCCUCAGAGAGUAG